CUGCUAGAUACAAACACCCAACAAGAUGCGUUCCUUCAUCAUCAUCGCCCUGUUCGCUCUGGUGGCCGUGGCCGCUGCUCAACGUGGACCUGGUGGACGCGGAGGUGGCCGCGGAGGUCCUCGAGGUGGACCUCAGGGAGGACCUCAGGGAGGACCUCAGGGUGGACCUGGUGGACCUCAAGGUGGACCUGGUGGACCUGGUGGACCUGGUGGACCUGGUGGACCUGGUGGACCUCAAGGUGGACCUGGUGGACCUGGAGGACCUCAGGGUGGACCUGGUGGUCCUGGUGGUCCCGGAGGUCCUGGAGGUCCAGGUGGUCCUGGUGGACCCGGACCAUGGGGUCCGCCUCCAAAUGCCACUACCACCACAUCGACAACAGAAGCCACCACUUCGACCACAUCGACGACAUCGACCACAACCACCGAAGCCACCACCACCACCGAAGCAACCACCACCACCGAGGCUUCGGCUUAAUAAGAGAGCUCGCAGCCAAUCUAAAAUCCAUUUUUGGCUUGUCCUCCUCCGCGCUUCCCUUGAUAUUAAUAAAAGUCUUUCUUGCAAGAAGUAAA